AUGUUCGCACACUAUUAUAUUUUAUUUAUUAUAUUUUCAGGUAAUUUGGGCGAUGGAUUUUUUGAACAAGUGACUUUUACGGAAGAGCUUGGUUCUGAAAACAAAGUUACACCGGAUUCUCACAUAAUAUUUUAUCUGUCAAUCCACAUUCCGUUCCUGUGUACGUAUCGGUUAACUAUCGAUCUAUCGAUCAUGUUCAAGUGCGUCCACAUCUCAAAGUUCCAUCUGGUGAAACCCAACAUGACCAUGAUGGAGAUUUUCGACAUGAACAAGGUGCUAUGUCUUUUGGUCAUAGCUAGGUCCUUCCACACAAUAUUUGGAAACCUAGAAAAGAAAAUCCAUGGACCAGGCACUAAAUCCAGCGACAAAUGAAUAGACACAAAUUACAAGUCUCAGACUCCAAGUUGAAUAGAAAGAGCUCAUAGACGUCUAUCUAGCGAAUGAAAAGGCUCACGAACAUGGAAGAGUAAAAAUAAUAUUUACGAACGAUUUUCUUGAAUGGAGGCAACUAAAUCUCCUGUCUACUUCGAUAAUAUGAAUGCGAGGAAUUUUGAUAUCAUUUGCGAAUACGAAUCGAGACAUUUUUAUACGCGAAUGUGACAUAUUUAAAGCUCUCAAAUGAAGUGAUUAUGUUCUUUUUAUAUUUAAGAAUGCAAGAAGUGUGUAUAUGCAGUAAAGUAUUCUUGAAUGA